AUGAUCAACAUUGUGAAGGAGCCACGGCUUUCGGUCUCCACCUGUUGUUUGGCGCCGUCUGUCCGACGUCCCGCUGACGUCGAUACUUGCAGCUGGUCCGGUCGCCGUGGCCACUCCUUGUACAUCGUCGCCAGUGCUUUUGCCGGCUCAGGCCAGGGUGUUGGUGCAAACGAACGCCUGGUCGCCACCACGCGUAGCAAAGGCACAAGGAGGUGCCCAGGAAGUGCCAGACCCAGUGUGCGGAGGUACGUGGCUGCUGGACACAGGUAUGGCAUCGAGGAGAUCGAGGGCAAGGGACUUGGAAUUAUUGCAAACCAGAACCUGGAGGCUGGCGAUCUAGUCUUCGCUGAGACGCCUCAGUUGACAUUCGAGACGGACUCAAAUCAGGCCAUACAGCAAGUGAAAGGGAAGUUUGCAGCGCUUCCGUCAAAGAUGCAAGAUGAGAUUAUGGGUUUGGCAGAUGCCUGGUCCUCACGUGGCCGCAAGACACUCCGUGGCAUCAUCGAGACAAACGGCAUAGAGUGUGAGCCUGCGGGCCAGAGCAUCAGCAGGAAGGCAAUAUUCCUCAAUUUGAGUCGACUAAACCACUCCUGCAAUGCCAAUUGCGACUACAGCUGGAACGAGCGGGACCAGCGAAUGGAAGUUUAUGCUCAGACGGCCAUAUGCGAAGGUGAGGAGCUUAGCAUCUCCUACAUUGACAUUCGGGAGCCCCGGCAGGUGCGCCAGCAGAUGUUGCAGGACAACUGGCAGUUUCGGUGCAGCUGCAGUGUGUGUUCUAUGCGCAUGCACGCUGCCAGCGACAAGAGAAGACUUCGAAUCGGAGAGCUCUCCGCCUUGUUGUACUCCAGCAGAAGUUCGACGAAGAAGUUUCGCAUAGCCAAAAGGUUGCUAAGGCUCUACAAGGAGGAGAAUUUCGCAGUGAAGAGCUACAACCUGGAGGCCUGCAAGUUUGGCUAUGAUGCUGCGCUGGAACUCGAUGACUUCGAAGCCGCGCCACGAUUCGCCCAGCUCGGCCUCAGAUGCGCUUUAAUUUGUCAUGGGCGUGACCAUGAGACUACCAAGGAGCAUCAUGGAAAUCGAGCGUCUUUUUGA